AUGGACAACGAACAAGCUCAGCUGAAGAUACGAUCCCGAAAGACACAUCGCAAGUCUCGACUUGGAUGUGGCAAUUGCAAGAGGCGACGGGUCAAGUGCGAUGAAAAGAAGCCUAUGUGCACAAACUGCGUACAGCAUUCUAUUGACUGCGACUUUCGACUCUCAGCUUCCGGAUCUCCAUCAGAGGGAACAACACUAUCGCAUACACAACGGUUCAAAUUCAGAGAAUCAAAGUACCAAUCUCAGAUCUCUCCAUCACAAGAGCAACUCAGGCCCAAUUACCGUUCAUCUGGAGUCCAAUGCGACUCAGUCCCAACGAUCGGCUUCAAGGGAGGUCCUGGGGAAGGUAUCUCGCUGACAGACCUCUACCUUUUCCACCACUAUACCACAUCAACGUACUGCACCUUUGCAAGCGAAGCGGCGCACUCCGUUUGGCAGGUCCACGUACCGCAAUGGGGUUUCAUUUUUCCUUCGAUCAUGCACCUGCUCUUUACUUUAUCCGCUCUGCAUCUUGCCUUCAUAAACCCAGCCAAACGAGAGGUUUACAUCAAGGAAGCCGAUGACCAUUUCACAUUUGGUGUACGCUCCGUCACAACCGUUCUUGCGUUGGAUACGCUAGAUUCCGGCAAUUGCCAGCAAAUCUACAUGGCGGCGGUCAUGAUCUGCUUUGCGUAUUUCGCUCGCGGGCCGAGAGACGGCGAGUACCUUGUCUUCAAUGUAAAAGGCAAGUCUGAGUGGCUGGUCCUUUUGCAUGGAGUGCGUGCAAUCCUAGCACAGAAACAAGCGGAGAUCUUUACAGGUGUGCUUGCCAUUUCAGAGAAAGAGCAGCCAGCGGAAAUUACUGAUCAUGAACUCGACAUGGAACUCUCGCGACACGUUCAGCAUCUCCAGAAGAUUAAGGCAACUGUCAUUGCUGAGGUUCAAGCGGACAGAGACUUUUACAUUCAGGUGACUGACGACCUGAUCGGCUGCUUUGGGGAUGCAUACCAGGCGCGCAAAGCCGGUUCUGCUCCACCAGAACUGAUGCCGUAUACGAUGGGAUGGACGUUUCGUCUUCCAGAGAUGAUGAUUGAGAGACUGGAAGAAAGAGAGCCGAUCGCGCUGGUGAUUAUGGCGCACUGGACCAUCCUGCUUCGCUAUAUGGGCGAGGCCUGGUUUAUGCGCGGGUGGGACCAACAUAUCAUCUUGGGGAUUAGGGCCUGCUUGCCUCCAGCCUAUCAUGACCAGAUUUCAUGGCCCGAGGAGGUCAUAGCUUUUGGAGGAUGA